AUGAAGCUAAGCCCACUGAUAGCCCUGCGACCUGUUGCUAUCUUCAUGAUUCUGGCAUUUGCAGUGUUAGUGCCUCCAAUUGUAGUCAUUCCAUGGUGGCAUUCACUCACUGAACAUAUGGAGGAUAACGUAAAAUUGCACACUCUCGAUCUUCACUCAGGAUUGCAAUCUGGGGUGGAGAAUAUUGCAAAGUCAUUGCAUUCUAUGAAUUCGUCGGCAAUAAACUUAGCAAGACUUGUCAAUCUGUCUCUCAAUCAAAGCAAAAUCACAAUAUCCGAUAUCCAGACAAAGGUGGCUCCAUUGUUGUUUGAAGCAUUUUCAGUGAUACCAAACAUGUCAGAAAUUUCAUAUAUCGGACUAGAGGGUCUAUUUUUCUCAUAUUAUCGUGACCAAAAUCAAACCUUCGUAGUAUACUCUAGUAGUAUUCCUGCCUUCACUCUCAAUGCAAGAACAAGAUAUGUCUGGUAUACACAACAUGUUGAUCCUUUGGCAGGAAAAUUCUAUGGAGAUCCCAUUGAAUCCGAGCCCUUGAUCACGCCGAAUGAACGCUGGAUUCAAGAGGCAUUACGCCGCGAUAAUGGCUACGCCUCGUUAGAGACUGGAUGGAGCAGUUCUCGAGAUCUUCUAGUCCUCAACACAGUAGGCAUAAAUGGAAGAGGAGUUGUGAGUUUAGGGUUACCAGUGAAAGAAGUAGAGGGGUUGUUUAAUGGUAUUGAUUUUCAUGGUGGGAGCUUGUUCUUGUCUUCAAUGGAUGGAAAAGUGUUUGUUGAAGGACUUGCUAAUACUACCAUGGAUGUCAAAAACAAUGGUGAAUAUGUUUCAUUCUCCAUGAGAGGGGAUGAGGAUCGAACCAGUCAAGUUGGAAACGUUUCAUGCAUGGAGUUGGACUCCUUUGAUGGGAAGAUAAGAAAUUCAAUUUUCAAUUUUGGAGAUAAAAGCUAUGAUGUUUACUGUUCAAAACUCGAAAUUGCAGGAAUUCAAACGGUGUAUGGACUGGUUUUUCCUCAAGACAGAUUAGUGAGCGUUGUUCACAAGGAAACCAAGACUGCCUUGGUUUUGCUCAUAGUAAUGACUGUAGCCAUGGCCAUUUAUGUCUUAAGCUUUGUGAUUUUAAUGGUUAGAGCUGCUAAAAGGGAGAUGCACUUGUGUUCUGCUCUCAUCAAACAAAUGGAAGCAACUCAACAGGCCGAGCGAAAGAGCAUGAACAAGAGUCUCGCCUUUGCCAGUGCUACCCACGACAUUCGUGCUGCCCUCGCCGGCCUUACUGGUUUGAUUGAGCUAAGCUAUCUUCAAGUCGGUCCAGGUUCCGAACUGGAUACUAAUCUAAAACAAAUGGAAGGUUGCGCAAAAGAUCUAGUCGGUUUGUUGAAUUCGAUUCUCGAUACGAGCAAAAUUGAAGCUGGAAAAAUGCACCUUGAAGAAGAAGAGUUCGAUGUAGCCAAUCUUCUUGAAGAUGUAGUUGACUUGUAUCAUCCGGUGGCUUUGAAGAAGGGAGUGGAUGUGGUGUUAGAUCAUUGCGAUGGCUCGAUCGACAAAUUUUCGCGCGCCAGAGGUGACCGGGGGAAAUUGAAGCAGAUACUAACUAAUCUGCUGAGCAAUGCAGUUAAGUUUACUUCUGAAGGGCAUGUUUUGGUUCGAGCUUGGGUGAGAAGACCCAGAUUGGAGAAGAAAAUAAUUUAUUCCAAUCAAAAUGGUUGGUUGAAGCAUUUAACCUUUUUGUUUUCCAAGAAGAAUGAAGAAUCCAUAAUGAAUCCUGUUCAGCAAAAUCCUAAUGUAAUGGAGUACGAAUUCGAGGUGGAAGAUACCGGUCAAGGAAUUCCAGAAGAGAAGCGAAAAUCCGUGUUCGAAAACUAUGCUCAGGUCAGAGAAACAGCUCUUGGACAUGGAGGCACUGGUUUAGGACUUGGCAUUGUUCAAUCUCUGGUGCGUUUAAUGGGCGGAGAGAUAGAAAUCGUGGAUAAAGAGAAUGGGGAAAAGGGUACUUGCUUCAGGUUCAAUGUUUUCCUUGCAUGUGAAGCUUCAUCAAUUGGAACUACAAAAGAAGGUGAUAUUGAGAUGGGAGAGGCUUCAAAGUCUGACAACAAAAAUCCAAACCUUGGACCGACAAUUCACGGUCCUAAUCCUAAUCUGAGUGUCCGAACACAUAGUUCCAAACUAUCUUUUCUUGGUUCCAGUCCUAGCUUGAAGCAUAGUCCCAAACUAUCUUUUCUCAGUUCCAGUCCAAAGCUUGAAGGCUCACUUGUUGUUCUAUUGAUUCAAAACGAAGAGCGAGGAAGAAUUGCGAGGAAAUUCUUCGAGAGUCAGGGUAUAAAAGUAUCAGUCAUGAACCAGUGGGAGCAUCUUUCUCCUACUCUGAAGAAAAUCAAGCUGAAGUUAACGCAUUCUGCUCACAGUUCUUCAAGAAAAUCAGAUCAUUUAAGUCCAAGGGGUGAGACUUCUAGUGCUAGAUCAAGGAAUCCACCAUUACUAGCUCCAGAUAGAGGUGCCAGAGGGUUUAUAUUGCUUGUGAUUGAUGCUGAUGCAGGACCACUUACAGAACUCAACAAGGCCGUGGCCGAAUUCAGAGAAGACCUUGACAUUGCUUGCUGCAAAGUUGUUUGGUUAGACAAACCAACUUCGCGUAAUAUUGAUAUUCAAUGCCAUGAAAUUGAUCCAAUUGAUGUAAUUUUAUUGAAGCCGUUCCAUGGAUCGCGAUUAAAGCAAGUUCUGAAAUUUUUGCCUGAAUUUGGAGGAACUUUUCCAACCAAAUCAAAGAAGGAAAAUCAAAAUACAACGUCUCAAGCAAGAAGGGUAGGUAAUCUAUCGCAUAGUCACUCACUCCACUGCAUUGAUACACAUUUUGAUGGUGGCGGCGCAAGCAAUGUGAAUUCUGAGCUGCCAUUGAUUCCAUCCCCCAGAAUCCCAGCUCGUCAUGGAAUGAAAUCAAGAAAGUCUCCCAGACAAGGAAACCGACCUACGUCAGUUUCAGUUUCAGAGAUACAAGAAGUUCACAUUAAUCCAAGCGAUGAAAAGCCGCUUUUAGGAAAGAGAAUUCUGGUAGCUGAGGACAGUUGUGUGCUAAAGAAGGUGGCAAAGAUGAAUCUUCAAAAGCUUGGUGCAACUGUUGAGGAAUGUGGAAAUGGAGAAGAAGCUUUACGACUAGUUCAAGACAGUUUACAGAAUCAAAGGAAACAUAAUGCUUCUUUUAGCCUGCCUUAUGAUUACAUUCUCAUGGACUGUGAGAUGCCAACAAUGAAUGGUUAUGAAGCAACAAGACAGAUAAGGAAGGAGGAGGAGAAGUAUGGGAUUCACAUCCCAAUUAUUGCCUUAACAGCUCACACUGCAGGUGAAGUGGGGAAGAUGAUUGAGGCAGCAGGAAUGGAUGUUUAUUUGGAGAAGCCAUUGAAACCAGAACACUUACUUGAAGCCAUAAGAUACAUCCAUGAAUUGCAAAGAUGAAACGUUUCUUCUU